CACGAGAGCAAAAAAAGAAAAUGUCCGACGGUCGCGGGGGUGUACCAGAGGAGAAAAAUCAAGACAUUGGAGAUGUCGUCGGGGCGGGGGCUGGUCAGCAGCAGGAGCCCCAAUCGACGUCGGAGGCGCAGCAGCUGCAGGCCGCGCAGCAAUUGCUGUCGUCUCUGUCCGUCAAUGAGGACGGGGAAUCUGUCCUCGCUGUCGACCCGGAAGCAAUGGCGCAACGUCAGGCAAAUCUGGAGACUCGCCAAGAUAAGCUGAGUGAUCAACUCGAGCACGUGCAGCAGAUCGUGACGUCCCUCGCGGCCUCCGUCUCCUCCUGGGUCAGGAGCAUGUCGACUUCAAACGCCGUUGUCGCGCCUCCGUCGUCUGCCCCUGGGCCGAGCUUGCUGAGCACCGUCGCGCGCCCUCCUCCCGCAUCCGAUGCCGACGCCCAAAAGGCCAAAAACAAGAUGUGGAGGAGCAACAAACUGCCCUGGGCGAUGCGCGGCCGGCGUGGAGUGGAGCUCACGUCAGUGGCGAUCUUGUCCAGCGUCCUGGGACAGUGCAUUGUGGCUACGGAGAAGAACCUGGCGUCCCUUCGUUCCUUCGCCCGCUUCGAUGUUCGCGAAUUUUUCUCCUCGUCCGCGGCACCGUCAAUGCUGAUCACAGAGCACUUCGAGCUGGCUCUUUUGGCGAUCUCCACUGUGUUGAAGUUCGGGCUGGUCGAAGGCCUGCCCGAUGACGCACCGGUGCUGCAACGUUUGCAACCGAUGCAGUCUGCGUUCAACACGGCCACGCGGGACUUCAGAAACCACAUCCGUCAGCACAGCAACAUCUUCGCGGAUACCAGCUACAAGAAACGCGAGGUGUUCGCGGCGCUCCUCAACACCGACCUGGCGAAAUGGACCAGAGACUUGGCGACGUGGCUUUUCAACUUCGAGGAGUACACCUCCCCGCCGGAGGAUUUCUCGGUUUUCCCAUCUCCCCCUGUUCCCGCGUUCGAAGGCAUCAAAGGGUUCGUCGGUGCCGGCCAAGGUGUGUUUCAGAUGCUCGCAGCCCAGGAGGACAGUCAGAAGGCGAUGAAACGUAGGUCGAGGGAGCCAUCGUCGUCCACCUCCUCUGGUUCAAAGCGGCGUAAAAGGUGGUCGAACAACUUUUGCAACCAGUUCAAGGAAAAAGGCUCGUGCUCCUUCGGCGAGGAGUGCAUCUUCAGGCAUGGCGACGACGACCCGCGUUACCGCGACGGCGGCAGCCGGUCAAGGACUUCCGGAGCGUCAUCUGGCGGCGCCGACGGCGGCGGCAACCGCCGUAGCAGUGAUGGCGGCUCGGACGGAGCUUCUUCUGCCCUCGUCGUCCGCGGGAGCGGCAACUGAGGGUACGGGCUCCGCUUCCAUGAGGCGGGGCCAACUCCUAUCUCGCGCGUAGUCAAGGAGCCGGGGAAGGGGCGAGGGUUGCAUGAACUCGCAGUUCAGGCUCUUGUGGACGCUGGCGUGGGGGGCGAGAGCAAGGAAGCCUCGCCUGGAGCGGUCGCGCUGUCAAAACAAGGUGGUGAGCUUGGGGCCCGAGGGCCGAGCGAUAUGCUCGUCUGUGCUGGCUACCAGCUCGUCCGUGGAGCUCUUGCGAGCUCGUCUGAGCGAACUUACUUGGGAUUUUUUGGAGCCUGGGUAGAGUUUCGCCGGAACGUGGUGCGGAAACCGGUGUUUAUUGUUGGGGGCCAGGACACGGAGGUGGUGGUGUCGCAAUUGCUAGAGUAUGUUACGUAUGCAGCUCUCGUGUCCGGCCUGCACCAUGCCACCGUCGCUUCCCACUUAUCCGCUGUUAAGUUUUUCCACCGUGUAGCCCGCCAGGGGGAGCUGGAGACGAGGCAUCCGCUCAUCCUGAACGCCCUCAAAGGGGCGGCGAGGGUCAUAGCGGCCGCCGGGCCGGGUGCGCGCGUUCGUCGCCCGAUGUCGUGGGGGACGCUCAAGGCCGGGGCGUCUCUAGUUUAUCGAUGGGGCGUGGGUGGACGAGUGCUCUAUUUGUCUUUGUGUACGUCGUUUUUCUUUCUAAUGCGUGCGAGCGAGAUGUUCGCAGUCUCACGAUCCGCGAUGCAUGCGGAACACGGGCUGCGCCGGGGUGACGUUGCGUUUUUUCUGUCGUCGGAGCAGUUGCCACUUGAACGGUGGCAUUUAGCGGAUCGAAUAGAAGUACGUUUUCGUUCGUCGAAGGCAGAUCAGUUCAGGAAGGGGUCCGUGGUGACCAGGGUUCGUACUGGCCCGCCUCGUUCGGUCGAGAAUGGGGGCGGUGCCGUUGACGCUCUCGUGGAACUCCUUUUGUCUCAUCCGUUUCUGCCCUCUCAUGCCCCGUUAGUCGCAUUCAGUACAGGUGGUGAAACCUGGUCGAUGUGGACGAAGCACCAGGCCACCGCAGCGCUCCGCCAAGUAGUGUCGUUGGCGGGCCUGCAACCCGAAGAGUACGCGUUGCAUUCCCUAAGGAUUGGGGGCGCCACAUACUUGUCGGCGGGGGGGGCAUCACCGGAAGUGUUGAGGAGAGAGGGAAGAUGGGCCGGAGAACAUGGAUAUCGGCCUUACGUCCGCAGUCACGGUAGAGACGCAGCGUGGGUGUCAGAUGUAUUGGCUACCGAUUGCGAUACGGUGAGACAACCGGGGCAGGGAACGAAAUGGGGGGACGUGAGUCCAAAGAAAGAUGAGAAAGGAUAGAGUGUCAAGGAGACAUAUGUUCGGUAAAGCGGUCCUUUGUUAGUGCAUUCGAGCUGUUGGAAAAAGGGAGUGUGGUGGUAAGAGUGAAGUCCCAUCAGCGCCUAGCCAGCCGUCGUAUGGUGUGGGGGCAGGCAAUCGUGUCGAGUGCCUGGUGGUACGCCAUCUGGCUAGAUUCGUUGAUGGUCGAUUCGGGCUCGUACGUGAAGUUCGCCCGAAUGAGUGUUCACUCUCUCAUUCCCCCCCCCCUGAUGCCAGGCGGGGGCAUGUAUGUACUUAAUCCAACUAUUCGAAAGCAUCUGAACAAAGCGAAAGAUUACUGAGUCAGAGACGUAGAAAUCUGCGUUUUGUGAAGGCGGAAGAAUAGUCCCCAGCCAAUCAGAGUGUCGCACGGGAUGCCCGGAAUAAAGUGUGUGUGGAAGCGAGGAGUGUCACUUGUGUUCCGAACGCGUCGAGAAAAGGGAUCGAGGCGUCCGGCGUUUUUUGUCCGUGCGACAGUCGGUGGGGUAUUCUGCAGCGUAUUCUGUUUUUUUCACCCGCCCGCCCGUGCUUUUGAGGGUGGUAGUAGGAGGGAGAGCAGAUUCUUAGCGCGGGCAUUCGUAAGGUAGUUGCCUGGGCUAAGUGUACCCGGUGUCCUUUUUCCGCGAAGCCCGGGUACAGGGUAGUACGAGUUGCGCCAAGUAAUUUUCGAGCGUGUUCCUAUGUGCGGUGGGCUGUUAGUCUCCGCAGCCCCGGUUACCGGAACGCACGUACCAGGUUUCGGGCGCGGUAUAGUCCGCAGCCCUGUUAAGUGUGUUUAUCGCGUAUGAGCUUGGCAGAGUAAGGGCGCACCUCGGAAAGUCGUUUGGGCGUACACAUUGUAUGAAUAUUUCUUACGUGCGUUGUCGUUCGGCAUCUUGUUAACAAUGCCCGAACCGUAUACGUUUGGUGGACCUGCAAUGUGUUUACGCUAGUGUGGGGGAAUCGUUCGCCUAUGCUGUGGCGAUCUAGAGAGAGUGUGGAAUGUUAGCUGGGACUGGGGCAGGCAAUCGUGUCGAGUGCCUGGUGGUACGCCAUCUGGCUAGAUUCGUUGAUGGUCGAUUCGGGCUCGUACGUGAAGUUCGCCCGAAUGAGUGUUCACUCUCUCAUUCCCCCCCCCCUGAUGCCAGGCGGGGGCAUGUAUGUACUUAAUCCAACUAUUCGAAAGCAUCUGAACAAACGGCAUAAUUCA